AUGAUUAAUAUUGCCGGUGUCGUCAGCAUUGUGCUGUUCUACAUCCUGAUCCUAGCGGUCGGGAUAUGGGCGGGCAGGAAAAAGGAGUCCGGAAAUGAUUCCGAGGAGGAAGUGAUGCUGGCCGGACGUUCGAUUGGGCUGUUUGUCGGUAUUUUCACCAUGACCGCGACCUGGGUCGGUGGCGGUUACAUCAACGGCACGGCGGAAGCCAUCUAUACGUCCGGGCUGGUCUGGUGUCAGGCACCGUUCGGCUACGCGCUCAGCUUAGUAUUUGGGGGCAUCUUUUUCGCGAACCCGAUGCGAAAGCAGGGUUACAUCACGAUGCUGGACCCGCUGCAGGACAGCUUCGGCGAGCGGAUGGGCGGGCUGCUCUUUCUCCCGGCGCUGUGCGGCGAGGUGUUCUGGGCGGCGGGCAUUCUGGCCGCCCUGGGCGCCACCCUGUCGGUGAUCAUCGACAUGGAGCAGGAGACCUCGGUCAUCCUGUCGGCGUGCAUCGCCGUCUUUUACACCCUGUUCGGGGGUCUGUACUCGGUGGCGUACACCGACGUGAUACAGCUGUUCUGUAUCUUCAUCGGGCUGUGGAUGUGCAUCCCGUUCGCGUGGGCCAACGACCACGUCAAGAGCCUGUCCUCGAUGGACGUCGACUGGAUCGGCGAGAUCGGCGAGGGCUACACCUGGUUCUAUCUCGACUACGGACUGUUGCUAAUCUUUGGCGGCAUACCGUGGCAGGUCUACUUCCAGCGUGUACUUUCCAGCAAAACGGCCGGCCGCGCUCAGAUCCUUUCCUACGUGGCUGCGUUCGGCUGCAUCCUGAUGGCCAUACCGCCCGUACUGAUUGGUGCCAUCGCCAAGGCAACACCUUGGAACGAGACGGACUACAAGGGCCCGUGGCCGCUGACGACGCAGGAAACGAGCAUGAUCCUGCCGAUGGUGCUCCAGUACCUGACGCCCGACUUUGUGUCGUUCUUUGGGCUCGGGGCCGUCUCGGCCGCCGUCAUGUCGUCGGCCGACUCCUCGGUGCUGUCCGCGUCCUCCAUGUUUGCCCGCAACGUGUACCGGCUGAUCUUCCGGCAGCGUGCCUCGGAGAUGGAAAUUAUCUGGGUCAUGCGUGUGUCGAUUCUGGUCGUCGGCAUCCUGUCCACCAUUAUGGCGCUCACCAUACCCUCGAUCUACGGCUUGUGGUCAAUGUGUUCCGACUUGGUGUACUGUAUUCUCUUCCCGCAGCUUUUGAUGGUGGUACACUUUAAGCACCAUUGCAACACAUACGGCAGCUUGGCGGCGUACAUCAUCGCGUUCAUGGUGCGACUGUCGGGCGGCGAGGCCAUGCUCGGACUGCCCGCCCUGAUCCACUAUCCGGGCUACAACGAGGAAACCAGCACACAGAUGUUUCCCUUCCGAACGAUGGCCAUGAUCAUGAGCCUGAUCACGCUCGUCGGAGUGUCCUGGUGGACGAAAUGGGUGUUCGAGACGGGCCGGCUGGCACCGCACUACGAUUACUUCCGCUGCGUGGUAAACAUACCGGAGGAGCUGCACCGUGUCGGCGAACCGUCGGAUUCGGGCGAACAGCUCUCGGUAAUGGCGGGCGGUAUGACGCGCAUGUACGGUGCGGCCACCAUGGUCGGCAAGGACGAGCGAAACGGGCGAAUAAAUCCGGCCCUCGAGCCGGACGACGAUCUGCCGGUGGCGGAAGCGCAGCGACAGAUGCAGCAAUCCGCGGGCGGAGGCGGCAGCGUCGCGGCGCAGGGCGGCGUCGUCCCCGGCACUGGACCGGCCCAGGGCCAUACGGCCUUUUGAAACGCGCCCGCCGGGUCCGGCGUUCGGUUUGACUGAACGGUUUCCGCGUCACGGCAGGGGACGGACUAAGCGCAUGUAGAACGCAUUAGGUGACUUUAUUCGCGUGCAGUAUUUGGAGCAUGGUCUCCGCCCUUUUCCUCCUUCCCCCCUCCCCUCAUAUAUUCCCUCGACCUCCUCUUACCUUCAUUCUCCUUCUCAGUGGAGGAGAAGGGAUGGAUAUAAAGUGACGAAUUAUCAGCAAAACUCAAUACAUAUCAAGAAACAACCAAACAAGACCCUACGAAUGGUGUAGUAUUAAAAAGUAUAGUAGCAAUUAAGUGGAAUGAAGUGGCGAAGAGAUGCAAGAGAUGUGAUUUCGAAAGGCAAAGCAAACACACAUACGUAGCUAAAAAGGAGAAUGGAACAAAUGACAAAGUGCGUGUAACGAAUACAUAUCAAAUCAAAUCACUAGGAGCGAACUCUAGCUACCGAAAGGGAAGCUACACGGCGGAGGAAAGCCAACCACCGUUGCGUUGGGAUGCAUGUUCACGAGGUAACCAAUACAUAUCAAAGUACCCUGAAGCUGCAGGAGAAUACAACCUAUAUAGGGAUAAUACUAUACAUACAUUAACGAAAGCAAGCAACUAGUAAAGAUUAUACUUACCUAUCACUGUUAGUUGGUUAAACGCGCCACCCCCCCCCCCCCUUUACCCGAAGGAAAUGUGAAGCGGCGCAGUGAAAGUGUGGUUAAAAUGUAGCAAAUUUUAAUGACCUGUUAGUGGCGGAAGUGGGAAAGAAGCAUGUUGCACGAUAAUAUGAUUAACUUACGUUAUGUUGCCUCACUCCUAACCCAGAUUUCUUUUCGCUGUGCGACCAAACGAAAAGGUUCGUAGAUAGGUAUUGUGAAUCGUGUCGGCUGGCUGAAAAGUGGAUAGUUUCGUCAGUCGCACUGUUGUUGAAUUUGCUUUUUAGUAUCUUCUCAGAAAUGGAUAAGCUUUAAAAGUUUUUAAUCAGUUAGUAGUAGUACACAAAAGAGGGGAAAUUACGAAGCGCAAAUCGCUCACAAAUACCAACGAGGCGAGAACGAGCUGAUGGGACGAGAGAUGGAAACUGUUACGCUUUGUUGUGCAGAUAUCAGCAGAUUCAGUAUAUUUAUUGUUUCCUUUUGUAACACCACAUACUUUUUGUGUUCUAAUAUUCUACCGUACUGUUAUGGUGCCGAGUUCAGAGAGUUUAGUGUACGUGGGACGAGGCAGCGCCGCAAGCAUUUGGACGGUGAGGUAGAAAGUUUGGUGAGGGGAAAAAGCCUGUUGACUGUGACUGGAGUACUGUGAACCGCAGAACCUAUAGAACUGAUACUUUAGUCCGGCAGGCGGGUAGAAGCACAGGAGGGAAGCAAAAAUCCCCAAUCAAAAGCAAACACAUAUCAUAAGCGUAUCCUGAACAACUACAAACGAGCGGUGUUGCAUUCCACUGCAGCAUAUCCAAUGAUAUUACUAGUGAAGGCGAUAUACAUAUAUACAUACAUAUAUACACAUCUAUAUAUACACAUAUGAAUAUAUAUAUACAUACAAAGUCUGCUGGAAAAUGGGUGAAAACUCCCAUUCUAGAUUUCUAGAGCCGUAGGCAGCGUUAAAGGAAGGAAUACGAGCAAACGAAAGACAAAAAAAAAUACACACACAGCAAAUCAUUCGUCGAUUCGACAAAGCAUUUUGCGUUAUGUUUUUGACUAGCUAGAACGAUGCAUGGUUGAAUGAGAUUCUUCUGCAUCUGUCUAUCUGUCAUCGGUGGAAAAUGCAUGGUUUGUUUUACUCUCUCUGUUUCUCGAAACCAGCUAAAGUAGAAAUAUAAAGAAGCUGUUUUAAUAAAACUACACGAAAACUGGGAUUAAACUGCAGCGGCCGCAGCGGCAAUAAGAUAAGACAGAAACUCGAAACCCACACAUAUCAAUGUGAGACCUUCCAGGCGUUCAUACCCAACCUUAAAAACGACUCUCUCUCUCUCUGCUUUCGACGUUGCAAAAGAAACACGUGUAUAGGAAGUAAGCAACGUUCGAAAGUAUCCAUUUAUAUCGAAUCGUUCUCUUAAUGUGCCUCCCUUCUUCCACGGAUUGGUAGACUCUUGAUAGGACCGUCCACCAGCAAACAAAACGAAACAAAGAAAAGCCCAUUUGUGAGCCUGUAAGUGUCCAAGGACCAGGCACCAAGGAUCGGUGUGUUGUGUUUUGAGGUUGUAAAACAAAAUCCCCGUCACGAACUGUACUAAAUGACAACUUACAAGUUUUCUUUGCACAAAUGCUGCCCACUUCUUUUGGGGGUGACUAUGAAUCAAUUCAAUUGCCGUGUUUCUCGCUCUUCUAUCUCGCUGUAUUCGGUUUCAUGUUCGAUUCUCAUGCAUGUUGUUGUUGGACCAGUUCAACCCGUUUGCUCCAACAAAAUCGAUGUUGUUGACGCUUACGCUUUAUGAGAUAUCGGUUGCAUAUCUGAACCCGCUCGGAGACAUUUCCGUUCCAAUCCGUGUCCCACUUUGCGCCCCAUUGACUGUUUUCCCUUUCUUUUGCGUGUGUUUAAACUUUUACUGGCCCGAGGAAACUUUAACGAAGAAGAGGCUAAAAACCAAAAAAAAACAGGGAUACAGAACAAACAUGCUCCCACAAAAACACUCCCCCGAAUCCCCUUCUUGUUAGAUUGUUGAUUGAAUGCUGAAAUGAGAAACUAUAUACUUAAACUAAAUUAAAGGUAAACGAUAAAGCAAACGUUACAAAUGUUGUUCUUAGCUGUGCUACUACUUAAUAUAAGCGUACAUUUGAUUGCAGACCACUGGAACAUAACGCUGGAAUGGGAUGAACUUUGUUUGACAAAACUGUUUCCACUAAAUUGUUGAGCUCUGUUGGGGUUGGGGCUGAAAAAGCUGAAUGUGAAGAAAGCACGUGGAACAUGACAGCAUGACAAAAACAAAUAAAAAACUACAAUUAAAAAUGACACAUUACUGUAAGGUGAAGAGAUGAAGUGAUUGGUAGGAAAUGGAAAAGUAAAACGAAACUGCAAGCAAACCAAAAUUACUUAAAAACGUACAAUAGCAGACAAAAGAAAGAAAGAAAGAAAGAAAGGAAAACAAAACAAGCAAAUAAACUCAUAAUCGUUGUUAAUGGGUAAGCAUCCAUCCGAAAGCGGGAAACUCGAUACAUAUCGUACAUGCCUAUAAAUAGCAGCAUACACACAUACAAAAACAACCACUCACACACAUACACACACACACCAGUGUUAAUAAUAGUUGAUUGUAGGGUUGCAAAGCAAAUACCAAAAAAAAUUAGGUGCAUAUAGUUAAAAAAUUGCGCCAAGCGUUACGCAAAACCCCAAAAUACUGCAACACGCUUUGGAACGAACUUUCGGACAUGUGGGUAGCUGCUGUCAGUGAAGUGAAGGAAUGGUAAAAAUGCUGAUGUAGUAACCAGCAACAGAUGCAUACAUAUCAAUUGUUAUCCGAGAGCUUCAAACACUAAUAAACGUAACGGAAAACAUAAACAGGAAAGAUCAACUUACUAAACGCUUGAGUAUCACAUUUGUUUUAUUGUUUUAUUCACAUUUUUGCUAGCUUGUUCGUACGAUUAUGUGAUCUUGACUGUAUCAUUUUUAGCAGAAAUUGAUAAACUUUUCUUUUUAAGUUUAAUUUAUCAAUCCCAAAGGAAGCAUAAUUGUGCUUCUUUUAUUGUUUAGUAUAUUAUCCUUUCUGAAUGAAAGGUCCCUCGCUUGAUAGUCCGUUACACGUACCACACAAAAGGAAAGCAUUUAUUGAAAGUAGCUAAAGGGGAUGAUAGUAAAAAUAAAACCAAAAAAAAACAUAAACAGAAAAAUAGAUGUACAUGUACUUUAAUAGAAGUUAAGCUAAGUUAUACACAACAUGUAUGUAAAUGUAGAAGAAAAACAAAAACAAACUAUAAGAAAACACAAAAGUUUAAACUAUAAAAAAGAACCCUAGAACGGAAGGACUGAGUCAGUAGGAAUGAUCAAAGCAGGCGAAAGGAUAAAAUCAUUAUCACGGAAGUGUGCAUGUAAAAGUAACUUACUUGGUGAGCAUCGGGGGUAUGCCUGUGGUAAAUAAAUGUGUUGGUCAGUUCACAUUGCGUUUGUGGAUUGAUUGUGGAAUAAA